AUAAGGCACGACGGCGAGAAAGAUACCCGAGGGCCAGUUGACUUUGCUGGUGGGCCUAGCGCCAAGUUUGAAGAUUUUGGAGAAGCCGAAGACGAUGAUGUAGAAGACGAAGAAGACAUACGUAGGGGUGCUAAGCGUAUAAAGCCCGAGGAGCUCACAAUCGAUGUCGACCUGGGCUACGUUCCCUCACCUCCUUCGUCAAUGCACGGAAUCAACUUAUAACAACGAAUUUUUCCCCGGUGCAACGACAUCGCCAACUUUUCAUCCGGAAUCUAAUUUUAAUACAGCGGGCCAUUCAUCAAGAGACUCACGGGGGGGUCAUAGCGGAGCUCUUAGUUACCCUCCACGGAGUACAGCCUAUGAUGCUGCGUUAUACACUCCCAGUAUCAGGCAGCAACACCAAUCUCACACGGGCAGUGCAACGAGCGGGGAGGUUUUCAAAUUCCUUGAAACGGAUUCGCGUAGUCGCUCCUCGGGAUCUACUGGGCAUUUAGGAACAAACAUCGACUGGCCGGACCAUACUCAUUCCGGUUAUAGCUCGAAUGGCCCGACAGCUAAUGCUAACCAUAAUACAUCCCCGGAAAGCGAGAGCACAUGGCUUGACUUCCUUUCAACCAGUCCCACCCAUGGGAGUCAUCCAGUAGCAAAUGCACCUGACGCCAGUGGGAGACGAAAUCCCGAAUCGCUGUCCUGGGAACGCGGGCCUAGUACAAGAAGCUCUAUGGGCUCACCUUUUACUCGAAACAUCUCCGCAGUUGGUGAUGGGACAAGAAGAUCUAGAUUAAGCUCCUCGGGAUCAGCAGGUGAAGAUGAAGCCUCUGUCUCGGGUGGGAACGGUGUUCCGAGCGGCAUGGGUAAUACUAGAAUUCCCAUUAAACUGGAAAAGGACGUUGGCGGAUGAAGUGUCGGGUGCAGUUGCCUCGAACAUCCCCCUUCGAAUACACGAUCAUAUCACUUAGU